AAUCGCCCAUCUCAAUUGUGGCUGCUGUUGUGUGUAGAAGUCCCAGAUACCUCAUUCGUCGAAGUGUUACAAAAGGUUCAUCUGCCUGGUAGAAUUUGUAGCCAAUCUGAACCAUCUUCUCAAUCUCACUCUUACAGACCGGCUUCACGCUAUUGUGUUAUACUCUCGAUUGCUCAGAAGAAUUCAUUGCCAUGUUAUCGCCCUACGUACCCGAGGAUGUGGACACUAGGCAGCUUCCUCGCAUACUAUGUCUGCAUGGAGGAGGCACAAACGCCAAGAUCUUCCAGACACAGUGUCGAGUCAUCUCAAGACGUCUUGCCUCCGACUUUCGUCUUUGCUUUGCCGAAGCUCCAUUUGAAUCUCUCCCUGGACCUGAUGUUUUGUCUGUCUACCGUGACUGUGGUCCAUUCAAAGCUUGGAUAAGACCACCAAUGACCGCUCAAGAGAGUGAUUCUGAAGCAGUCAUGCAGACCAUCAUACGUAUGGUCGAAGCAGAUGACGCUCAGGGCGGAUGCGGCCCUUGGGUCGGUAUCCUGGGAUUCAGCCAGGGCGCCAAGGUCGCUGCGAGCUUACUAUUCCAUCAACAACAGAAUCCCGGAUUUGGUGAGGAGGUGUUUGGUAGGGACUUGAACUUUGGUUCACUCCACGCUGGACGAGGGCCAUUCCUCUCUUUCGCUAGUAGUCGAUACGGACACAAAUUUGAGCCCAUGGAUCUUCUCAAUAUACCAACUAUCCAUGUGCACGGGUUGCAGGAUCCUGGACUGGUUUUGCAUCGCAAUCUGUUGGAGCAAUUUUGCGAGCGGUCCGUAACUCGGCUGGUCGAAUGGGCCGGCCCGCAUCGAUUACCGAUCAAGACGGCAGAUGUGGAGGCUGUGGUACGGGAGAUCUUUGCACUCAAGUCGACUUGGGAGAAGAUUAUCAGACCUUCGGUGCGCGGAACGAGGGUGGACUCGGCGUUCGAUAUCAGUGUGAUCAAGGAAUGAUCAAAUUCAUGGUGCAGGUAGCACAGGUCCAUGUAGCUCCGGGUCAAAGCUAGCCAUGGCGUUCAAUAAUUCGUAGAAAUGGGGGAUUUGACUAAGUGUAUUGCGCAAAGUAUCCACUUAGAACUGUAGGAGAGGCGGUAAUAGACUUCUGUCAUGGUUCAAAGCCGUUAGGUAACCGGUUCUGACAGCUGUCUUUGUCGAACUUCCACAUCU